AUGGACGACGUUUCCAAGUUUUUGCAGGAUGUCAAGGAGAUGAACGCGCGACGCACAGAGGAGGAUGAUGCGCGACAGAGAGAGCUUGACGAGAAGAUCCAGCAAGAGAAACGAGAACGCCAGGCUCGCCGCGCCGAACGCGCACGAUCCAUUUCUCCCCAAAAGUCAUCUCCCGCCAAUACCCCACCACCCUCUUCGCAUCGCAACAGCACCACCUCACGACUCGCUGACGGGCCCCGUUUGACUCCUGCAACCGAAAACACCGGCAGUCCGCAAUCGCGUGCAGCCGUCACCUCGCCCGAGCUUGAAACCACAGCUACAGACGCUGCAGCCCAGGAGAACGCCCCGCCCGCCGAAACCGACGAGCAAAAUUCCAGCAUGAACUCUCCUUCCUCACCUUCCGGCAUUGGCGGUCCGAGGCCGCUGUCAUGGCAGAGGCGCCCGAACUCGCAGGCCGGAGAAAAGCCAAAGACGAGGCCGCUGUCCAUGUUCGCUGCCCAGAACGCUGCCAGAACAUCCUCCACGGCCCCAUCCGAGCAAGCACCCGCUUCAGCAACUGAGCAGACUCUUACCAAGGACCAGAUUGCCCAGGCUCUUGGUUCCAGGGAUCCGACAUGGUUCCGACAGACGGCCGACCGUGGUCUCGGCUCUGCCGCCUACCGUAAAAAUCAGGUUGAGGAUCAAGAGACGCUCGAUAUGUCUUCCCUGCGCGCACAACUCCCAGGUAUGGAACGCAAGACCUCGGCCGGCGAGUCGCAGGUCCCGCCGCCGCAGCCCAAGUUCCAGGAUACUCUGGCCAAAGACCGUGCGACUGCCUCCCCUCUUCGCCUCUCCAGCGCCCAACGACUAGACCCGCCUGCCGAGGUAUCUCCCGAAGAGGAACUUGCGCCAGGCCGCCGAGCAUCUGCUAUGACGUCCCCGACCCGAUCGCCUUCACGAUCUGAAGCGAUAGAGAGCGAAGCCGACCAGAGCGAGACGCCAAAAGCCAAAACUGCAGAGCCCUCUCCCAUAGUCCCACCCAUCGACACAGAUGUCAAGGAGCAAGAGGAAGUGACACCGCCCUCAAGCCCGUCCAAGACGAUGGACCCCCGGCGAUGGAGCCCGACAAAGGCUAGUUGGCUUGAGACAGCCCUGAACAAGCCUGAAUCACCAAAACCCAAGCCUUCGCCAGCGGCUACAAACCAGCCUGCAUGGAUGGUCGAGCUGAACAAGGCGAAAGCGCAAAAGUCUGGCAACCCGAAUGCUGAAACGGGAAGGAGCGGCUCCAUCUCGUCCAAGCACGCGGUCAACAUUGGUGGACUUAUGCGGUCUACGCCGAUGGGGUCUGCCGUGAAGCCUUCGACAGCUGGCCUCGGAGGCAUAUACUCUCCACCAACACCCACCACCCGCUCAGGCUUUGCGGCUGUCGGAGCCGGCAGUCUUCGCGGCAAUUUACACAAGCCGAACCUGAGCAGCGACAAGACGGAGCCGGAGACAAGUCCCGUGGAAGGUGACGCACCCACCACCCGCUCCUCCGUCAUCAGCCCGUCCUCAGUGACAGGCAAAACGCGACCCGCCACACCACCGAAAAAGGAUUUCCGCGCGAAUCUCAAGCCGCGACAAGCAUCGGGAGAUGCCAGUGCUCAAGUCGAGUCGAAUAACGAGCUGAAGAACGUGUUCGGCAACCUGCGACGAACCAAGACACAAAACUAUGUCGCCCCAGAUGAAUUGAAGGGCAACAUCCUGCGCGGUAAAGCAGCCCUCAACGCCACUGGUGGGCCGAAGCCGAGUGAGCGCAAGGAUGAGUUCAAGGAUGCCAUUUUGAAAAAGAAGGAAGACUUCAAAAAGGCCCAAGACGAAGGCAAGGGUGUCGAACGUGCUUCUGCGCCGCCUAUCGAGGAACCGAUCCCCGAGGGUAUUGCUAGGCGCAGAGCGCUCAGUAGGUCCACGUCUGGGAGAGCCGAUACCACGUCGGGCUAUGGCAUAGAAACAUCGUUGAAUAAGUCGGCGAAUGGACCGAGGCCACUGAGUUCUUUGUCAAAGAGGGACUCCGCUGAGUCUAUGUCGACGACAAAGACGGCUGCUGAACCUGUCAUGCCUGAGCUACACAAGGAGACCAGCGCUCCCGCACGUCUCCAGAAUCGCCCUAGUGCUGGCGGUCUCGCGGGACGCUUCAACCAGAACCUAGCGGGUCUCUUGGCCCGCGGCCCUCCACCCAUGGCUGCGAACAGCAGCAAGAGCGCCGACGACUCUGACUCCGGCGCACCCUCUGCACCUGUUGCAGAGCCCUCAGCACCUGGGCCUCAGCUCACGCACAUGACUAAGGGUCGUGCUCGUGGACCCAAGAGGAAGGCGCCGACGUCUGCGCAGCCACCGGCCGCGGCAAAGACCGUGGAGCCGGCCCCUAAGGAGAACAUGCCGUUCAAGCCGGCAGUGUCACCCAAGAAGACGGUCCCGGCGGUAGAGGCAACUCAAAGUCCCCGCUCGCCCCCAAUGCCCAGCUCGCCAUCAUCCUCGUUGCCUCAGACUAUCCAGGCGCAGGUCGCUGCGAAGGCCGCCAUCAAGAACAAGCCCUCUCCUGUGCAGCCUCCUCAGAAGCCAACACCAACAGAGGACCCAUCAGUUGCCGACGUGUCUCAAAAGCCACCGUCACCGCCCGUGACUAAGGCGAAGCCUGUGGCCACGACCCCCUUUGGCAGCCUGCGUCGCACGCCGCCCCCGACAAAGCAGAUGGAGGAAGAGCCGGUUGCAGACCCGGCCUCUUCACCACGCAAGCUGGACAUGAAGCGAAUGUCGAGAUUCUUUGAUGAUUCAAAUGCCGCAAAGCCUGCUGCCGAGAGCCCGAAGCUCGAAGUGGUCAGGCCGGAAGGUAUUGGCAGGCAGCUCCCCAAGCCUGAAAGCCCACGCAGGGAGCUUCCGAACCCUUCAACCCCGUCGCGCGACCUCCCAAAGCCGCCCAAUAUUGGCCAAACAUCCAGGCCUCAGAGCCCCCGGGAACUUCCCCGACCUCAAAGCUUCAAUAGAGAGCUGCCAAAGCCCGAAAGUCCUCGAGAUCUGCCGUGCCCUCUCAGCAUCAACAAGCCAGAGAGCCCUCUGAAGGGGCAGUUCCGUAAGGAGAGCCAGCCUGGCACGCCCCUUCGCUCGCCUGUCAAACAGGCUAACGAGGUGACGACAAUGCUCGAUGAGUUCUUCGGCACGUCCCGACCCCAGCGUGAAUACCGCAUCGACACUGCCGAUAUCUUGAUGAACCGGCCGCAAGUUCCUAGGGUCCGCACUGCAGGAGCCCAGCUUUUCCAGCUGUUUGGGGAUGGCAAGAAAAUGCCUGUUCCCAUGCACAACGAGCGUGUCCUCUUCGAGCAAGAGAUGUACAUAUGCCCUCAUGAAUUCACUGAUAGUGCCGGCAAGAAGGCCUUCGAAGUUUACUUCUGGGCAGGUGACGAAGUGCCGGCUUCCACCCUCGAAGAUGCGCAGCUCUUCGCAAGCCGCGAGGCAAGGGCAUUAGGGGGCAAACUCGUCAAACUCCAGCAGGGCAAGGAGACGGCCGAAUUCCUCCAAGCCUUGGGCGGCAUUGUCAUAACGCGCCGUGGCUCGAGCAACAAGUUCGACAUGCUGGCGCCAAGCAUCCUUUGCGGUCGCCGCCACCUUGGCCAGGUGGCUUUUGACGAGGUCGACUUUGCACCAGCGAACCUCUGUGCAGGCUUCGCGUACCUCAUUACGCAGCAGGGCAAAUGCUACCUCUGGAAGGGCAAGGGCAGCAACGUCGAUGAGCUCAGCUGCGCUCGUCUGAUAGGUAUGGACUUGACGUUGACAGGAGAGCUGAUCGAGGUGGACGAUGGCGGCGAGCCGGCCACUUUCUGGGAUGUGUUCGGCGGCAGCGGCAGUGGCGCGAAGCCCCACUCGGCGGACCACUGGCGGCUGAAGCCAAACUACGACAAGUACUGCGGCCGUCUGUUUUGCUCCGACGCCGCGUCCAGGCAACAGGUAAGCUUCAUUCUGCCCUCUCUGUCAUAUGUUUCCUCAAGGAGCCGCGCUGACGCACAUGGCCAGAUCUCCGAAAUCUGCCCGUUCAGCCAGGCGGACCUCAAGCCGAGCUCCGUCUACAUCUUGGACGCCUUCUUCGAGAUGUACAUCAUCGUCGGCCGCGCCGCGCAGGCCGAGUACCUCUCCUUCCGCAACGCCCUCGACUUUGCGCAGGAGUACGCCAUCCUCGCCUCGGGCAUGGAAGACCGCCCCUUUGUGCCCAUCUCGACCGUCGUCCUCGAGGGCAUCCCGCGCGACCUGAAGAGGGUCUUCCGCAAGUGGACCGACGACGGAAGCCCGACCGUCAUGCCGCAGGCCGGCCUGAAGAGGGGCCGCAGCCUGAGGAUCGUGCCGCUCACGCAGGCGCUGCAGGCGCUGAGCGAGUGA